AUGACGUAUGUGGCUGGGGAGCGAUCGGGACAGUUAGCCGAGUCCAUCGGGCUCAGCCCAAUGUUUGCGCGACGUCCACAAACAGCGAACAUUUCUGUGGCAGCGACAGUUUCGGAGCGUAAAUACCGUUGGCACGUGGCAGAAGAGUUGCGGCAUGCGCGAUGCGGUUCUGCGGCGGUGUGGGCGGCGACGGCGGCGGGUAGGAUGGCAGCCGCGCUGCUCCUGCUGGUAGCGACCAGCGCAGCGGCCACCGGCCCGGGCAGCUUCGGGGAGCUCGCGCGCCGUGACACGGGCGACGUGUUCACGCUGCUCGGCGGUGGGGAGUGCGGGGCGGCCCAAUGCGCCGAGCAUGGAGCUGGUGCGGUUGCCCGGUCUUCAGGCACCCCGCAGUGUGCCUGCGCCUGCCCACAACGCGCCCCACUCUUCAGAGAAGACCGGGAGUUGUGCGUGGACGACCUGCCAGAAUGCUCUUUGGCGACUUUCGGCACGGGCAGCGGCGUGCAACGUAUACCAUUCGUAUAUUUGCCAUUGAAAGGACAGAUAAUACAUCCGUCCAGAGAAAUUACUUUUCAAAAUGUCAAAACACCUAUAUGUGCAGUUUCCGGAGCCCAGUUUCUCACUCGUAAAGGGUUUUUGGAUUUACGUAACACCCUAGAUGCGGACGUGCCCUUCAGUCUUUUCCGGGAUGAAGGUCGAACGUUUCUCCAGUGGAGCGGCGAAGAUGAGGUGCGCACGAGGAUGGCGGGCCGAGUCAUGGUGGUGCGCCUUCUAUGCCGUGACGUCACCGCCGCCCCCUCCUCCCCGCUGGACCUUCGCGGUGUCUUCACGCCCUGCGUCGCUUUCAGGGUCCAAGGAACGCCGCCACGCUCAGUUAGCAACAUAACGGAGGUACAGUUCGCCCCGAACGCCCAAACGUCCACCGCCUCCAGUUCAUCCGGGUUAACGGUCACCGAAUACGUAGUAAUCGGCAUCAGCUCGCUGCUCCUCGGCCUGAUAUACGUCGCGUCGGUAUUCCUGUACUUGCACGUGCGGAGGCGUCGCAAGGCGGCCUCCGAGGAGAGCGGCCUCAGAGUGGCCAAGGGACUGAAAGCCAAGGGCGGGAAAGUCAUCACCGAGCGGGAUAUAGUGCGCGUCGGUGGCGAACGGACACAGGCGAUGCCCAACGUUCUCGGCGAGGACGAUGGGGUGGUGAAGAGCAACCCGCUGCUCAGCAGGCAGUACCACGAGAAGGGGUUCCCCAGCGACUCGGGCAGUAACGUCUCCGACUCGGAAGACUUCGGCGGCAGCAGCUCGCGCAGCGAAGACAACGCGUGCAAAAAACAAACAACAUCGGCCGUGGUGCACCUCCAUAGCCGAGAGCUCAGGCGCCAGAGCGACUCGGACGUGACGCACCGCGACGAGUCCGGCAUAGAGAGGCUGCCGGACGAGCACGUGUCAAUCGUGGAGACGAUCGAAGACCGCGAGAUAGCUCGGCCAGUUGGCACCACACGGCGGAAGCUCUACUUCAACCCGGCUUACUUCGAACCUCACUUGAUGGCUGAACCACCGCCGGCGGCUUUGGAGUUCUUGACCAAGAUAAGGGAAGUUAUAUCGAUAGCGAAACACAAAAUGGCCGCCAAACGCUUCCAGCCCGUACUGAACGAAAUACCUGAGGAGGAAACCUUCCCAUCUAACGGGAACAGUCUGGAUCUCUACCACGGAUUGGGGAGCCAGCGCAGCGGAAGUGCAGUCAGCCUGAAAAGGGAGAACAGCAGAAAGCGACCCGUGAACUGCGUGGGUUGUCCCGGCUGCAAGAUCAACCCUGACAGCGACGCAAGAAACAGCCUGAAAAACGACUUUAUCAAAUGCUCCAGCUGCCUCAACAGCAAAGGAGACAAGCAAAGCAGCAUUCGAAAAUGGCUAGAAGACAUACCGAAUGGAAAGCAGCAAGUAGUGUACAGCGAAAUCUUGCCAGAUGAUAGUGUUCACAAUUCGACCGAUUCACUUCUAUCACUGCCCGUCGCUGGUAACCGUUGUCGGGUGAAUAAACGUAAUAGCUUUUCGACGUCCAACACAAUGUUUCCGGGUGAUAAUUUAUUCAAUGCGAACAAGAGAUCUUCGACGCGAUCCGUUAGAUCUGAACCGUCUUGCCGAAAUUAUAACAUACCGUUGCCUGGAUGUGACAAUUUCGAUUGUCACAACUCGAACCAUUGUCGAACGAUUGACGACGAUAUUGCCUUCGACUGUCGAUCAGGCAGUUCGAGAAGCUACAAGACUCAGCGCAGGAAUAAAAUCCUGAACAACCUAAACUCGCUACCCGACAUGGUCAACGAGGCGAUCGCUUUGGAACACAGUUCGAAAUCUGAUAAUUUAAGCAGUUCCGACGAGGAAAAGUUUAUGAACAACCGAUCUCUUAACAUUAACAGCGAGGUCAUUUAUGCAAUAAAUAAAUCGGAAAGCCCAAACGCAAACGACUACGAAACGGACAGCUUGGAGAGAGCGACAAAUAAAAAGAGAAAUUUGACUCCAAUCGACUAUCCAGACGUUCCAUCUUCACAGGCUAGUCCCAGUUUAAGCAAUGCAUUACCCUUGGAAGAAGAACUCACAAUGAGAAAUGCUGUGUAUAAGACGCAUUCCAAUAGUAGCAGCAACACACCUUCACCGCAAAGAGACGUCUGCGUUGACCAAAAUCAUUAUGAAACUAUUGGAAAAAUUAAUCUUGAGGACAAUCCACCAAAUACCGUGGAAAUUGAGAACAUUGUUAAAGAGAAAAGCGAUUACAGUUUAGUAAGUGAAGUGUAUGUUAAUAAUAAUUAUAACUUUGGGAGUACACCAACUUCGCCCAGUGGUUCGGAAUGUUCUAUGGGUAGUAGAAAAUUUAGUCCAAACAACACGGAGUUGAAAGAGAAGCCGGGCUGUUUGACUAUCGAAGUGAAAGAUUCACCGGAAAACUACAUUAAGAUACACGAAUCGGACGGCUUUGAGCCCGAUACUCUAGAUCGGAAACAUCCGAAACAUAAAGAUUCCUUAAAGAUUCCUAAAGAAUCCAUAGAUGAUUCUCAGUUCAGUAGAAAGGAUUUCAUUAAGUCCAUCAGUGGUGACGAUACCAAACCAAGUCAAAGGAUACAACUCAGAAGCAGUGGAACAUUUAAAAAGACAUGCAAUAAAGUUGAAUACACGGCGAAGUUUAACAGCCUGCGAAAUGAUUCCGAACAAAAUAACAGGCCGAAAUUAUCUCCGAGUACUUUCAGCGAAGUAAAAACCGUCGAGGACUCCGAUGACACUUGGGACGAUAGUGGCUGGAAUGCGGAGGAAGGCCGAAUAUUAACACUAGAGUACAGACAUUCAAAAAGACAACGCCAAUGUACGCCGCCGACGAUAAAACAACUGAAGAAUUUGGCGCGGCCUGAUAUUUUGCCACCAUUACCGCCUACAGAGGAUUCCUCAAUAUACGAGAAACCAAUAGUUCCAGCCAAACGCGUGGAAAAUGAUGCAACCAUAAACACUGAAACUUAUCCAAAAAACGUAAACAUCAGAAGCCUCAGCCCGAAGCAAAUUCCAUCAUUGGCUGAGGUGGAAUCAUGCGCGAAUGCGAUACAUGAUUUGAACUUUGGACCCUCCUGCAGUCCAGUAAAAGCUUCGGUUCGAUCACAGGGAUCAGAAUACAUCGCCUCUACUAAUACUCUUGAAAUGUUGACAUCAAAAGCGAGUGUUUCAAGCAGGAACUCUAGUCGACGUAUCAACCGAAACUGUUGCAUAGAUAGCAGUACUUUCGUCAGAGGCAGAGAAGAUGGUCAUAGUAGAACGCGAUAUAGACGAAAGAAAGGCGCCGCGAUAGAGGACUCGGGUUACUUGAGCAGUGACUCCACGGGUUCUAGGCAAAUUCAAAGAAAAUUAGUUCUAGCGAAGAUCUUGAACUGCAGUGAUACUGACGAUACAGAGAAUGAAGCUAGAAGUGAAUCUGGCGCCGAAAGUACAGAGACACAUUCCGUGUACUUUGGCAGUUUUAGAAAAGUGCCCUCUAGUGAUGAGAAUUCUAAUAACAGU